UACAUGGUCGCCGUGGUGGUCGGUCAAUGCUUCUAGCGUAAACACAAGUGCGUCGCCGUUCCUUCGUACGUUCCGCGCUGGACGGCUGGAGUGGUUAAAAAGUACGGGAGAUCGGCGACUCUCUCGCGGGCGCGCUACGCGCGUUCCCCGUUGUAUACGUUGUGUGCAGCGUCUGUCUCUCGCUCACCCGAGCGAACGGCGAACGGUAAUCGCUCGGCGUGCUUACGUCGCUGACGUGCGACGUCGUGUCAAACGAAACGCGACCCCGAGGAAAAGGUGCACGUACACAGAACAUAUACACAGGGCGCACGCACACACAUACACACACAAACACACGCGUGCGCGCGCGCGCGCAUACACACACCACACUUUUUCAGUUUACGUCCGUCUCUUUCCCGCUCGUUGCAGCACAGAAAGGAGUCUCACGGGAGGUAUUUCCGUCUCUUUCUCUCUCUCUCUCUCUUUCUUCUUCUCUUCCUCGCCACCUCCCCGUCUUUCUUGCUUGCUUGCUUGCUUGCUUGCUUGCUUGUUUGCUCGCUCGCUCGCUCGCCGAUAAGAAGGUCUUCUCCGUCCCGCUUUCGUCGCGUCACGUCACAACUGGAGCGAGGUGCCUGCUGCUGCGCGAUACUGGAGCGACACGGUGCGACGCAUCACGACGACGUCGUCGUCGUAAUCGUCAACGGUUCAGGUGCGUCGCUGGGGGCGCCUCGUCGUCGUCGCCAGCGCUGCCGCCGUCCAAGUCCUCAUCGUUUCUUCUGGAACUUCCUUCCUGCAACCUCGCAGUCUUUCCGACUCGUACCAAUGGACGGCCCAGGCACAGUUACAUGGGAGGAAUUCCUCGAGAAUGCAGAAAGGCUUCUUGUUGUUUCAGACAAGAUAUCGGACGGAUGGAAGCUCUACGGGGACAAGGAUAUUCCUGGACAAGCUUAUCUAGUUAGAAGAGCUAAGUGCUUCGUUCCAAGCGACACGACCGCAAGAAAGGACUGCUCGACCGACGAUGAUAACGAUACCGAGGAGUUCCACAUGAGAUUUCGGCAAGAUCCGCACGAGGCUGCUUCUACAAGUGAAACGCCUUUUAUCCUCGAGCAUCACGUUCUGUGGUCUAUCAGCUAUAGCGUCCCAGUUCUCUUCUUUAAUGGCUGGAAAUCAGAUUUCCCCGGGAUUAACCCAGUGAGCGUAAAUGAGGCUCAAACGAUCCACGGUUACGAAUUAAAUUACACGGAAUUAUCGCAAGCGAUUCACCCUAUCGUCGGCACGCCAUUUCUGCAAUUACAUCCGUGUCUGUCUCAAGGGUUGUUGCGGACCAUGUCAAAGAGCAAGAAUAAACUCGUCAGCUGGCUGAGCUGCGUGGCAUCGACGGCCCUAAAUCUCAAAAUACAUCCCGAGUAUUUCAAAUUGACUCACUGAAGUCCAAGCCGAACAUUCGAAGGAACAAUUCAACGAAAUCAUUUUCUAGAAUAUUCUAGAUCUUGUAAACCAGUGAUGUGCAACCAGUACUCGUUAUUUUCCGAACAAAUAAAAUCAACAGAAAAAAUCUGAUUUAUUUCAUUUGUAUAAAAUAGAGAAAAU